AUGAGUGACGGCGGGAAGGCGAGCUCCUCUUGUGGGCUUAGCAGAAUGGAGCUCAAUGAUCAGAAGGCCGGAAUGGAAGGCUUGGAUAAAGAAAAGAUCAACCAGAUUAUUCUCGAAGCGUCAAAGGGUUCGAAAUUUUACGAGAACGAACGAAAGAAAGAAAAGCAGACAGAAGAGAGAAUAAAGAGCUUGAAAGAGAGAUUGAGUAAGCUGACAGAUGGAGACAAGAAACGGACAUUGAAAGAAGUGGACAAAACGAUUGAAGAGAUGGAAGAGAUGAGAGAUAUGAGCAGUACAAUUGUUCAUGUCGAUAUGGACAUGUUCUAUGCUGCUGUCGAGAUGAGGAACAAUCCUUCACUGAGGGACAAACCAGUAGCUGUUGGAGGAAACUCGAUGCUGUCUACUUCCAACUACAUUGCUCGUCGCUAUGGAGUUCGUGCUGCAAUGCCAGGUUUUAUUGGCAAGAAACUUUGUCCAAGCCUUGUAAUAGUCAAACCAAACUAUCAGGAGUAUCAUCGCGUUAGUCGUCAAGUGCAAGACAUCAUUGCAGAAUAUGAUCCCAAAUUCUCAGCAGCAAGCUUAGACGAAGCUUAUCUUGACCUCACAGACUAUCUGGAAGAGAGACAGAAGGGAUGUCAUCACCACAGACACAACGUUUGUUUUAAGAAUUUACAUAGUCAUGUUAAAUUGAUCAUCAUCUGGCAACAACUUCAACUGAAGCAAGUUGUUGCGUCGAGAUCUUAG